AUAUAAAUCGGAUUUACUUAAUAUAAGCACGUCGACAGGGCCAAAAAACGAACACACCCAAAAAGUCCGAAAUUACAAUAAGUACAUGUUUACAAGCUAACUGAACUUUUUUCUUUUUUUUAUCGAAAACGUUAAGCAUCUUAGAUAAAAAUGAAACUCGUCUGUGUUUUAUUAUUAUUUGCAUUUUUAAAUGUUUCGGCAUUACAACGAGAGAACAUACAUGAUCUUAGAAAUGAUUACAUGAGGGAAAUAUACUUUACAAACUACCAACUCGGACUAUUAGACGAAAGUCAAUUGGACGAGUUAAUCAUACAUUUAUUAAAUUCAAAUUUACCAAUUGAUGCGAUGGUUAUAUUGUUGGCUACACCAGACUAUUGUGACGCACAUUAUAAAACUAGCGGAGAUAUCGAGAGAAUAUUUCGGGCUGUAAUGAAAAAGAAAUACGCCGAUGAUAUCCACAAUCCUCCAACCGUGGACAUAAAUUUGAAUCAAAUGGAAUUAUCAAAUUUGGGGGAAGCUAGAAGGGAUUUAAUUUACCCAUCUAUAAACAAUAUACUCUUUGAUGUCGAAAAAGGAAGAAUACAGCUCGACCACCCUAAGGUAUGCAAUCUAAUAGCGUUGUUGGAAAGUUCAAGAGACCCUCGUCAACGAAUAAAAGAAGCUAUACCCGACAUUGAUAUCUGUACAACUGUUCCUGUAGUUGGCAGAGUUUCAAAUUAUAAGCAUUAUGGCAAUGGAAUCCAUAGAUUAGACGCAUUUGGGGAGAAAGGUGACAAACUUGGACUUGAUCUAGUUUGAGCUAACCUACACAACUGUAGACGUUUAAUUUGCAUAAAUCGGGUUUUAAUUUAUUUAAUACACUAAUACGUUAAAUAAACUUUAUUAUCAUAAGUCAAUAUAUUAUAAUAUCAUCUAAUUUUCAUAUGCACAUCAUGUACUAAUUUUGUUAUCUGUUAUAUUUCACAAAUUAUAAUUAACAAUUUUGCUGUAUAAAAAAUACAAUGUUUUAUCAAUAUGUUUUUUGGAAAACCCUUAGUCUGGUUCACAUCUAA